AUGAGGUCAACGAAGCCUCGACGCGACCUGGAGGUUGUAACGGUGCAGUACCAGCUUGACAGCACUGCGGAGGACCGCACCAAAGAGCAGGAUCCCCUCGAAACGUAUGGCCUCAAUGUGUACUUCAACCUGCUGAACAAGUCCAUUUUGCAGCACUUCCCCUUCCCCUACACUGUAUCUGUCGUGCACGUAGCCGUCGGCACUGCCUACUGCACCCUCACCUACCUCCUGGGGCUGAAGAGCUGGUCCUUCGGCCGGGCCAUCUCCCCAGAAGAGCUGCGCAAGGUCCUCGGCCCGGCUUCCAUGCACGCCGUCGGCCACAUCGCGGCCAACAUCUCGUAUGCUGCCGUCGCCAUCAGCCUCACCCACACUGUCAAGACCAUGGAGCCGGCCUUCAACGUCCUCUUGUCGCGCUUGGUGCUCGGAGAAGCCACCCCGGCACCCGUCGUGGCCAGUCUGCUGCCGAUCAUGCUCGGGGUGGCGCUGGCCAGCUCGGCGGAGCUGUCAUUCAACUGGACAGGCUUUCUCAGCGCCAUGGUGUCGAACCUCACCUUCGGGUUCCGAGCCGUCUGGGGCAAGGCGGCCAUGACCAAGACCCUUGACAGCACGGCUGUGUACUCCUACACCACCCUCAUCAGUCUCAUCAUCUGCCUGCCCGUCGCCUUGGCAAUGGAGGGCGAGAGCUUGACUGCAGGCGCCCAGGCCGCCGUGUCCGUGCGUGGGGAGGCGCAGUUUUACACAGACCUGGUGGUUGUGGGCAUUUGCUACCACUUGUACAACCUUUUGUCGUUCAACACGCUCCAGAGAGUGUCACCCGUCAGCCACGGAGUGACCAACGUGGUCAAACGCGUGGUCAUCAUUUUUUCCAGGUGUGCUGUGUGA